GGUGUAUAUUUUUAUCAGCUGUCCGCUUAAAGGCGAAGCAGCGAGUUGUUGUAACCCGGAAGUCCAGAGAUGUGUCAUGUGAUGUAAAAAUGGCUGCGGUGCAGUGGCGUUCCCGUGGGCGUGACUAUGAUGCAGAGCUGCAGAGGUGUCGUCCUGAGGCCACACCAGUGGAGUUUGGAGACUACCAUCCCCUCAAACCCAUCAUGGUCACAGAUACAAAGACCCGACGUGGAACCCGCAAAGGUAGCACCUCCUCCUCUUCAUCCUCUUCUUCCUCAGCCCCCUCGGACCCCCUCAGCUCCAUGCUGGAUGGGACCGACCCUCUGUCCAUGUUUGCUGCUGCCUCAGCCACAGAGACCUCAGCGAUGCCCCACACCAGCUCCACCGGGGAGCCUGGCAGGAAGAAAAGGGAGAAGCAAGACGAGGCAGUGGGAUCAGAUUUUGAGCCGUGGUCAUCAAAGCGAGGAGAAAUCCUGGCCAGGUUUACUACAACUGAGAAACUCUCCAUUAAUCUGUUUAUGGGCUCGGACAGGGGAAAAGCUCCUAAUCCAGGAUCGUCUGCUGUUUCUGAAAAAGUUCGCACUCGCCUGGAGGAGCUGGAUGAUUUGGAGGAGGGCUCCCAGAGAGAGCUGCUGAACCUCUCCCAGCAGGAUUACGCCAACCGCAUCGAGGAGCUCAACCAGUCCCUGAAGGAAGCUUGGGCCUCCGAUCAGAAGGUCAAAGCCCUGAAAAUAGUCAUCCAGUGCUCCAAGCUUUUGUCCGACACCUCUGUGAUCCAGUUCUACCCCAGCAAGUUUGUCCUCAUCACUGACAUCCUGGACACCUUUGGUCGUCUGGUAUAUGACAGGAUCUGGACCAUGUGUUCAGACACCAGACCCCUGCCAGAAUGCUUCACACUUGAUGAUGUGAAUGACACAGCGAAGGAGACAUGCCUGAACUGGUUCUUUAAGAUCGCGUCCAUCAGAGAGCUGCUGCCCAGACUAUAUGUUGAGGCUGCCAUCCUUAAGUGCAACCAUUUCCUCAACAGAUCAGGAAUUCAGGAGACCCUCCUUCGGCUGACAGCCAUGAUCAGAGGGGUUGGAGAUCCUCUUGUUGCUGCUUAUGCCAGAGCUUAUCUCUGCAGGGUGGGCAUGGAGGUGGCGCCCCAUCUGAAAGAGUGCCUGAACAAGAACUUUUUUGACCUGCUCACCACCUUCCGGCAGAUCAGUGGUGACAGUAUCCAGAAGCAGCUGUUAGUGCAAAGGGUGGAGGUGCCCGAGUACCUGACCCUUUACUCUCCUGCCAUCAACUGGAUCCUACAGUGCAUUGCCUACAGAGCUGCAGAGUCACUUCUCACAGAGAUGAUGGAGCGAUGCAAGACUCUGGCAAACAAUGCAUUGCUCCUGAAUUCAGUCAUGAGGGCGUUCAGGCCAGAAUUUGUUGCAGUCAGAGCCAUUGACUUUAUCAGUAUGAUAAAAGACUGUGAUGAGUCUGGUUUCCCAAAGCAUCUACUGUUCGGGUCACUUGGUCGCAGCCUGGCGUGUGCAGAUCCUCCAGAGUCAGAGAGGCUGACGAUCCUCAACGAAGCUUGGAAAGUCAUCACUAAAGUCCGCAGUUCUCAGGAUUACAUCAACUGUGCUGAGAUCUGGGUGGAGUUCACCUGCCGACACUUCACGAAGCGGGAAGUGAACACAGUUCUGGCUGACAUCAUCAAACACAUGACUCCGGACCGAGCUUUCGAGGACGCCUACCCUCAGCUGCAGUCAGUGAUGGGGAAGAUCCUUACCUACUCCCACGACUUCUCUGUGCUCUUCUCCAUGGAGCGUUUCCUGCCAUUCCUCGACAUGUUCCAGAAGGACAAUGUGAGGGUGGAGGUCUGCAAAUCCAUCAUGGAAGUCUUCAUCAAACAUCAGGUGGAGGUCACCAGAGACCCUGUCAUCCUCAACGCCAUGCUGCACAUCUGUAAAACCAUGCACGACUCUGUGAACGCUCUGACUCUUGAGGAUGAGAAGAGAUCUUUGUCUCUGCUGAUCAUCGGCUUCAUCCGCAUGGUUUCAUUUGGUCGUGACUUUGAGCAGCAGUUGAGUUUCUGUGUGGAGGCCAGAGCCACCUUCUGUAACUUAGAACCGGUUCUGGUGCAGCUUAUUCACACUGUGAACCAGCUGGCCAUGGAGACCAGGAGGGUGAUGAGAGGAAACCACUCCAGGAAAACAGCAGCGUUUGUCAGAGCUUGUGCUGCCUACAGUUUCAUCACCAUCCCGUCUCUCAGCAGCAUCUUCAGUCGACUCAGCCUCUACCUGCUGUCUGGUCAGGCUGCGCUGGCCAACCAGUGUCUUUCUCAGGCCGAUGCCUUCCUGAAGGCAGCGGUCAGUAUUCUCCCUGAGGUUCCUCGCUCCAUCAACGUGGAGGGGAAACUUCGUUCCUCUGAGAACUUCCUGCUGGACUUUAUCAAUAACUUCUUGGCCACGCUGCUGGUUGUCCCGGACCAUCCAGAGCACGGGGUGCUCUACUUGGUUCGUGGUCUGCUCAACAUGGUUCAGGACUACACCUGGGAGGACAACAGUGAUGCUAAAGUGCAUGUGUACAUCAGUGCUCUGCCCCUGUUGGCUGCCAUGAGCCAGGAGACCUAUCUCUAUUCCAUCCCCAACAUGGACUCCAACGAGACGUUGUAUGGAGGGGACCCUAAGUUUCUGUCAGAGAUCAACAAGCUGUGUGAGACGCUGAUUGGACAAAUCCUGGACCAUCUGAAGACGCUCACUCGGGACGAGCAGAGCGUCCGGCGCCAGAGUGCCCUGGCCUUCUCCCUGUGUGCUGCUGUUCUGGCUCAUGGUGAUCUGAGGAACAACAAGCUGAGUCAGCUGACCAUCAACCUGUGGAACCUCAGCCACAAACAUGGACACUGUGAGACCCGGGUCUCUGUCCAGACUCUGGAGCACAUCAAACACCAGGCGCAGCAGCCCGGCAUGGCUCACCUGCUGGAUACGGUCCAACGGCUCACUCUGCAGUCUCGCACCUGAGCCUCAACAAGUCCCAGUGGCUCCACAGCAGCCAGUCAGACUGAAAACCACCUGGUCAAGAUGUCUGUAUGGAGCAGAGGACUGUUCUGAUUGUUGGACCUGGUGAAAUGUCUCUUUAAUUAGCCUUAAAUCAGCUGACUUCAUAUUUCUGAACUCUUCUCAGCUGCAGUUUAAUGCAUGAAGAAGAUAAAUGUCUUUACGUUGUCUGAACCAAUCAGCUUUCAUUCAGCAAAUAUGUUUUCACUGCUGUCUGCACAACAAACCGCCCUGCGGGAACAUUAACGCUGACUCAGCUUCUCCAGAUGAAUACUGAUGAAGAGGUUAACACAGGUAGGAGAGGAGUGGUGCUGUUCUUCUGGAGAACAGGAGG